UACAAGGUUUUGGCACUUUAUGGAGACAGUUGUCAAGGGAGAAGAGGAGAAAGACACAGAACCCCGGUCUAGAGAGGCACAUAUGUGGAUAGAACCGGGCAGUGUUACCUACCCACUGCCACACCACGGACUCUGCAUUGACCCGUUGUUUUGGAUGUGAGACUGAGGACUAAUUGUGGAGAAACUGCUACUGGACGACAUGAUGCAGUCAACGGAACCCACCAUGCUGAUUCUACUACUGACACUGGGAACCAUGGUGACGUGUAGUUUGCAACAGGCACAGAGCUCUAUGAACCGUUGUGAUGAGACCGGAGCCGACCAGACCACUACUCCCUGUACGUCGUGUGCUGCCUCCCAGACUCAGCUGUGUCCCAGGGGCUUCAAGAAGUACACCACCCAGUCCAUGGAUACCAACAUGGGCCAAGAUGGUUGCCAGUACUCAGUAACCAUCGCAGGGCAACAGGUGGCGUUGAACGGCUGCAACCACCAAUGUGAGAGGACCGUCACCAUGCCCAAAUGCUGCGCGGACUUCUGGGGUCCUCUGUGUCUGUCCUGUCCUAGCUGGAAUGGGAGAACCUGUAACUGGCACGGAACCUGCAUGGAUGGAAUAUCAGGGAAUGGGUCCUGUGUCUGCAAUGAGGGAUACACAGGCUUUGCCUGCCAGCAGUGUUCCAAUAAGAAUUCAUACGGAGACAACUGUAAAUCAGAGUGCGGCUGUGUGAAUGGAGAGUGUAACAACGGUCCUGAUGGGAACGGAGAGUGCUACUGCCAGCCGCCGUACACUGGACCCAGGUGUGAACAAGUCUCUGCUGCCUGUAAGAACUGCAGUGCCUACUCCCACUGUAAAGGAGUGGCAGAGAACUCCGUGUGUCAAUGUCUUCCUGGGUUUCACAAGACUGGAGACCGUUGCUCAGGUUUUUGUUCUGCUAAACAAUGUGAUGUGAAUGCGGACUGUUCUUGGCUGGGGGGGCGGCUGUUCCAGUGCCAGUGUAAGGCAGGUUACAAGGGGGAUGGUCGGAUGUGUGUUCAAAUCAACCCAUGUGACGAGGACAACGGAGGCUGUCCUCGCAAUUCCACUGUCUGUGUCUAUAAUAGCCCUGGCAAGUCUAGAUGUGAUUGUAUGCAUGGUUGGGAGGGCUCUACCCCGUCCUCCGGCUGUACCCUGAAGAAUGUAUGUAAUGACACCACCUGCCACCCCAACGCCGGCUGUGAGUCCGGCCUGGACGGAUACCCCAGGUGCUUGUGUAACGCCCAACAGAUCGGCGAUGGCUACCGUUGUUAUGGCAACCUGAUGGAACGGCUAGUGGAGCUGAACAGGGAGGGGACACACAAGGGGAAGCUCUCUGGAGCCAUCUUGCUAUUUGUGAGAGACUGUAUGCUGACCAUCAGCCAACAGGGACCUUUCACCGCUUUCGUCCCUCUUUCGUCCCUCAUUGUGCCUCUAGCAGUAAGUCAAUUUGGCGUGACCGACGAGUCUGCGUGUCAACGUUACCUGGUGAGGGGUCAGUACCUGUAUAAAAGCCUGGAUAGAACCGACGUCUAUACUGCAAGUGGACUACAACUCAGGUUCAAGCCCAAUAAGCAAUUCAUGUUGGUGAAGUCUCCUGAGACUCUCUACUCAGUCAUCCAGCAGGACAUCCCAGCAGCCAAUGGGGUUAUCCAUAUCAUCGACCAGCCGAUCAUACCCAGGAACAUCCUCCCCGACAGCCCAAAGGACGAGCAGUUUGCUGAUAAGACCAUCGGGGAGAUCCUGACAAAGGAUGAGAAAUACAACCGCUUCCUCUCGCUGGUGGACAACUGUGGGACUACUCUGCCUCUGAGAGGUCCUGGUCCUCUCACUGUGUUCGUCCCGACCAACGAUGCUGUGGACAGGUUCAGAGACGGCAGGCUGAUAUAUAUGCUGUUCCAUGCCCAGAACAAGCUUCAAGAGCUACUGAAACAACAUAUCUACUCCCAGGCUGCGUUGACCGUGGACCAGCUGGCAAGCAUGGGUCUGAUUCAGACUAUGGCCAAUCAGAUCCUACUAGUCAACCUCACCAACGAUGGCCUGGUGCUGCUGGGCGGGAAACCUCUUCAGAUUACUAAUAUUAUGGCAUCCAAUGGAGUGAUCCAUAUGAUUGACGGGGUUCUAGUCCCGCCCUCGAUCGUCCCCAUCCUGCCUAAGAGAUGUGAUGUCACAGAGAACAAAAUCAUCAUGGGCCCGUGUGUGAGGUGCAGCUAUCUCUAUGAGUCACAUUGCCCCGAGGGAAGCAUAGAACUGCAAAGUCACAUGAAGGAUUGUGACUAUCAGGCAUAUCCAUUCAACCCCACGCUCAAUAAAGGUUGUGCUAAAUACUGCAACACUACCAUUCAGAGAGCAGAGUGUUGCAGUGGGUUCUAUGGACCUGAGUGUAAAACGUGUACAGGAGGUUUCCAGACACCCUGUUAUGGCAAAGGCACUUGUUUUGAUGGUAUCCAUGGUAACGGGUCGUGUCGCUGCGAGGAACACUUCAAGGGGAUCGCCUGUCACAUCUGUUCUGACCCCAACAGACACGGAGAGAAGUGUGACCAGGAUUGCCGCUGUCUCCAUGGUGUGUGUGAUAACCGCCCAGGCAGUAAGGGUGCAUGUAGAGGGGGCUCCUGUCUGGAGGGUUACUCUGGAGACUACUGUGAUAAGGAGGCUAAGGCCUGUAACUCUGAUGGUCUAUCUGAACACUGCCAUGUACACGCCUUCUGCAGCUUUACCGGCAGCCACACCACGUGUGAGUGUAUGCCGGGGUAUGAAGGAGAUGGACACUCCUGCAUCCUGGUCAACCCCUGCCUGAAGGCUGACAGAGGAGGCUGUGAUGUUAACGCCCAGUGCGAGAACUCAGGGCCAGCUAACGUGUCGUGUGUUUGUAACGAGGGCUGGACAGGAGACGGCCUGAUCUGUACUGAGGUGGACAACUGUCUCCUGGAGACCAGAGGUGGCUGCCAUAAGAAUGCAGACUGCAGGUCUCUAGGACCAGGACAGAGUGAGUGUACCUGUAAGAGGGGUUACAUGGGAGAUGGGACAGUCUGUGAUCUCAUCAACCCUUGUCAGAAAAACAACGGAGGAUGCCAUUCUCUGGCUAAGUGUGAGUCAGUGGAUGGAGAAAACAUCAUCUGUGUCUGUCCAGAAGGGUACGUUGGAGACGGAGUCACAUGCUACGGGACGAUGCUAGAGGAACUGGACAUGAAUACCAAUCUGUAUGGUUUUUACCGCCUGAUACAGAGGUCGUCAGAGUUUGACCUGAGUGGGAAUCUAACGGCUCUGGUACCUUCCAGGGACGUUAUCCGCAAUCUAACCACCUCUGAGCAGGACUUCUGGUUUAGCCGCUACAGGCUCCCAUACCUUCUAAAAGCCCACUUCCUCCAGGGAAUAUUCUCCAUAGAGGACCUGGACAAGCAGGUCAACCAGCGGUUACCCACUCUACACUUGCCUACUACAUGGGAGGUCAAAACUGUUGAUGGGGAAGUUAGGAUAGAGAAUGCAACCAUCCUCACCCCCAACAUCCCUUCUAUCAACGGAUACAUCCACAUCAUUAAUACGGUUCUGUUCCCCCCCUUGUCAGACAUCCCACCAGAACCCCCAGGCCUGAUGCAGUUCCUCAACACCACCCCUACCUUCAGUCUCUUUACACAGGCAGCACUGCUCUACAACCUGACAGAGGAUAUUGGCGUCUAUGAUUAUACGCUCCUACUUCCACACGACGCCGCCGUCCGAGAUUACCUGAUCCAGACCAACUCUACACAACUGGGUGAAGAGGUAUUGAAAUACCACGUCAUUCUUCAUGAACAGCUGUUCCCGGAUCAUCUGAGGGAUGGGAUGGUGAAGGACACAUUACUUGGGAGGGCCUACCAGAUCAUGUUCCACCUGGGCAAGAACAAUGAGACUUUGGCCAAUGAUGUUCUGCUGGAUGGGAGCCAUAGUGAGACGAGAAACGGGGUGAUCCUGGCCGUUCCCCAAGUCUUACAGGUCCAUAAGAACCGAUGCAUUAAAGACGUGGUCCUACGAGUCAGAGGGAGGUGCACAGCCUGUGAUGAGAAACCCAGAUGUUACCUCAGCUACAAGCCAACCAUUAGGGAAUACCCUCAGAACAUGAGGUCUAACUGCAAGUUCAGGAAGAGGGUGGGAUCUAGGAGGAAGUCCGUGGCUGGCUGCAUUGUUGACUGUUUGAAGACGACACAGGACCACUCGUGCUGCCCGGGAUACUUUGGUCACUUCUGUUUUAAAUGCCCUGGGGAGCGGGACAACUGGUGCUCAGGGAACGGAAGGUGUAAGGAUGGGAACCUUGGGACUGGGGAGUGUCUUUGUAAGGAGGGUUUCCAUGGGACAGCUUGUGAGACCUGCGAACCGGGACGCUACGGCAAGGACUGCAACUCAGAAUGCAGCUGUGCUCAUGGGAAGUGUCUGGAUGGAGUGACAGGAAACGGGAGGUGUGUCUGCUACAAAGGCUGGAGAGGAGUCAACUGCUCCAAGGAGAUCGUGUCUGACGCCUGUGGCGGAAUCUGUGAUGGAAAUGCAAACUGUGAGCUCAAGGAGACAGAGGGCCCUAGAUGCCAGUGUGUUGCAGGCUUCACAGGCAACGGAACCGUCUGCACAGAGGUGAACCUGUGUGCCACUGGGAACGGAGGCUGCGCUCAGAUUGCCAACUGCACCAAGACGUUACCUGGGGAGAGGACCUGCACCUGUCCAGAAGGAUACACUGGAGACGGGGUGUGGUGUCUAGAGAUCGACGGUUGUUUGGUAAACAACGGUGGAUGUUCCAAUAGCGCAGAGUGCAUCAAAAUAGGACCGAACUGGGUUGCCUGUAAUUGUUUACCUGGCUACUCUGGGAAUGGACACUUCUGCUACCCGUUCAACCCCUGUCGGACUAACAACGGGGGCUGUGGAAAGUACGCCAGGUGUCGUUAUAUGGGCAACGGAGAGAGGAACUGCUCCUGCACUGGAGGACACAUAGGAGAUGGCUUUGACUGCCGCGGCAAGACCCGCACGGAGAUAUUUCGGCAGUCAGAAGCUGCGUUGUACCGUCAGAUAAUAAUGGUGUCUGAUGUGAGGAGUCUGUACGGCGAUGGGCCCUUCACUACAUUCAUACCUCCUGCAAACAGCAACUUCUCAAUAGAGGCAUGGGAGUCACAGGGACGCAGCCCAGACUUGGCUAACUACCACAUGGUGUCCUGUGAGACUCUGAUGCUCUCUGACCUGAAGACCACCUCAAAGGCUGUGGCCGUCUCCGGACACCAGCUCACCUUCAGCCUCAAGGAUGGCUCUGUGUACAUUAAUGAUGACGCUAGGAUAGUCUCCAGUGAUUAUGUGACAGCUGACGGUGUGAUCCACUACAUUGACAAGGUCCUCACCCCAUAUGACCUGAAGGAUCAAAAGGCCAUACCAUCUAAGCUUAAUUUCACUGAAGCAGGUGAACUAUAUGGAUACAUGAAGUUCACCAAACUGGUGCAGGAUGCCAACAUGCUGAACCUGGUCGAGAACUCCAUCCACCAGCCCCUGACCAUGUUGUGGCCGUCUGACGCUGCUCUCAGCUCUCUGUCUGAAGAGAGACAACACUGGCUCUACAGUCUUGCCCACAGGGACAAACUCACAGCCAUCAUCAAAGCUCACAUCAUACGCAAUAUCAAGAAGAUGACCUUGACUUCGUUCACUACCUACCGGACGAUGCACGGAUCAACCUUCACCUUUAGCUGUAACAAGAAAGUCGUUGGGGACAUGAUGGUGAAUGACAACAUGGCGAGGGUCCUGGAUCGUUUCAUGAUGUUUAACGGGGGCGUUGCGUAUGGCAUCGACCAGCUACUGGAACCUCCCGGUCUGGGUGCACACUGCGAUGGACUGGAGGACAGGACUAUAUACAGUCGAUGUGGUAGCUGCUUGGGUCCCCGACCCUGUCCCCACGGAACUGAAGAUACGGGCAAGACUGAGAUCUGCAGCUUCAUCAACCCCUACUCUAUGCUCUACCCUCGACAACACAGUGUGAUGUAUAACCACAACUUCAGGUGGGGAGUAUCCACAGUGAUGUCUGACCACGACUUCAGAUCCGGAGACUCCACAGCGAUGUUUGACCACGACGUCAGCCUCCAUCCCUCUAUGACGAGGCACCACAUGGGCCAAAGGAUGGGCUGUAAGAGGAUAUGUAAGAGUCAAGCCUGGGUCAUGAGCUGCUGUAAGAACCACUAUGGAAGAGAUUGCCAAGUAUGUUCUGGUGGGUUGGAGUCUCCCUGUGGAGAUCACGGGGACUGUGAUGAUGGCCGUCUGGGGUCUGGACGCUGCCGGUGCCACGAUGGCUUCAAAGGAACAGCCUGUGAGCUGUGUGAACUUAAACACUAUGGAACCAAUUGUACAGCGUGUAACUGCACAAAUCAGGGCCAGUGUGAGGAGGGGAUGGAGGGAGAUGGGAGCUGCUCCUGUACUGAGGGCUGGACUGGAGACCGCUGCCACCUUAAAAUAGAGAAGAAGCUGGUGUGUUCUCCAGAGUGCCAUAGCAACGCUGUGUGUCAGGCCGACAACAUCUGUCUCUGUCAGUCACAGUAUGUGGGGGACGGCUUGAACUGCACCGCUCCUGAUCUGUGUGCGGAGUACAACGGGGGCUGCCACCAGCAUGCAGCCUGUCACCAGACAGACCUGCAGGUCAACUGUACAUGUCUGUCUGGCUACGAGGGUGACGGCUCUGUCUGCUCACCUAUCAACAGGUGUGUCACAGAGACCAACGGAGGAUGCAGUGACUUCGCUACUUGCCUGUUCACAGGGCCUAAUGAGCGUCAGUGCGAGUGUCUUGAUGGGUACGUGGGGAACGGGCUCCAGUGUCUGGAGAAGGUGGUUCCACCCGUCGACCGCUGUCUGGAGGAGAACGGAGGAUGUCACCCCCAGGCUGCAUGCAAGGACCUGCACUACCACAGUGACACAGCCGGAGUGUUCCACCUGCGUUCCAGUGCAGGGAAGUACCAGCUGAACUACACAGAUGCAGAGCUAGCCUGUCAAGCGGAGGGGGCUACGCUCGCCACCUUCUCUCAGAUGGCUGAUGCACAACAGCUGGGAAUGCACCGAUGUGUUGCUGGAUGGAUACAGGGGAAGAAAGUGGGCUAUCCAACCAGGUUUCCCUCGGUCAAUUGUGGUGACAACCAUGUUGGUAUAGUGCUAUACAAAGACCCCGUGGACCCCAGCAGCAAAUACGACACCUUCUGUUACAGACUGUCAGAUGUGUCCUGUGUGUGUGGAAGUGGGUACGUGGGUAACGGGGACUUCUGUAACGGAGACCUGGCCAGUGUUGUGGCUACCAACUUAAACUACUCUGUAUUCUACAAUAUAUUGUUGAAGUAUGCAGGCUCGUCUACAGAGGGAGAAGUUCUGUUGGACUUUCUGUCCAGCAGUUCAUCCUAUGCCACUCUGUUUGUGCCACUCAACGCUGGGUUCUCUGAGAAUGAGACGUUAUCAGACCGGGAUGUGGAGUACCAUGUCUCCACUAACAACAGCAUUACGUUCUAUGAGGACCUGAAACACGAUGGAGUCAUCCCUUCCAGACUGGGAUAUAACCUCUCAGUGGUCAUUUCCCCCAGCAACAUCACACAGCAGAACCAGGAGCCCCAGACGUUCAAGCUAGUGAACCGGAGGCUAGUGUUGACCUGGGACAUCCCAGCCUACAAUGGAAUUAUCCAUGUCAUAGAGGGCCCACUCAGAGCCCCGCCACUACCGGUCCACCAUGCCCAGUCAUCAGGCCACGCCCACGGGGGCGGGACUGUGGCCACCUCCAUCCUGGUCACCUGUCUGAUAGUCUGCGUCAUCGCUGGCCUCACCUAUUAUGUCUUCAAACACAAGAAUGACGCCUUCCGCUUCCACUACUUCAAGAAUGAAGAGGGGGAUAAGCCUGAUCUGGUGUCUAUUCCCAACCCGCUCUACAGCGGUUACAGGGCCUUCAACCAACCCUUUGGUAUCAAUGAACAACGCGAAGAGGCAGAACCAGCAGCAGCAGAACCAGCAGAACCAGAAGAACCAGUUCCUCGACUACUGGAUUUAUGAGAACUCUAACAACAUUAUGUGGGCUCUAAGAAAGGGCUGGAGUGAAUUGACUUUCUGCAUUUGAACAAACUAUGCUGGGAAUGUGUAAAUAAAAUAUGACCUAGGCCUAUAUUUUCCAAAGACAAUGGCUGGGAUUCAAUCCAUAGAAUGCUAUCUGUGCUUUCUUUUUAAAGCGGCGAUGGCAUUACUGGCAAACACUAUUAGAAUUGACCUUAAAAUAUCAAACUUGUUAAAACGAGGCCUCCUUUAAAAAGGCGCAUUGCCAGCAGUCCUAUGCGUUAUUCUAACGACAUGCUUUGAAUUGAAUCCCGGCCGAAACUCGGCAGUAAGUCUGUUUCCCCAAAACAAUGUUAAGGGUCUAGGAUUAGGCUAUUCAGAACUGGGUUGAAGACUCGACCCCCCACACAGAAACAACACUGAUGCAAAACGCCAGGCAUGUUUAUAUGACACUGCAUUAAAAUAUUCCUUCUAUGCA